GAGGCGAUCGCAGAGACCGUUAAAUGGGGCCAGGCGACGAAUAAGUCGGCGGAUGAGGCCUUAACUGCAAAGGGUGUGUGCGACACGAGUGCUAGCACUGUUAAGGCAAUUGCACGUAAGGUGGAUGUGUUUGCGAUGGAGGUAAACAACUCCGAAACCAGUCUACAGAACGCCCAAGAGAAUCACAAUAAAACGCAAGAAUUCCUCACAGGGGCCAGGGAUGCUGCACAGAGUGCACGGGAUGCAUUUAACAAAUGGAAGGAGGCAGUAAAUGCCACUUCUGUGAAUGCUCAGAAGGCGAGCGAGGCAUUAAAAGUCUUUCAUCAUAUAAGUGUACAGGUACUGAAUGAGAACAGCUUCGGUGGGGUGUCUUCUGGAAGUGGGGACAGCAGAGAAGACGAGGUGAUGGCCGCCUUUGAAAAGGCGAGUACGGUGGAAGAUGCCUUAAUACAUGCACUCCUCGUGGAAAGGGACGCACAGGAGAAUAUUCCUGCAAUUGAGAAGGAGGUUAUUUCCGCGCAAGAUGCAUUGAAGCGUGUGGAGAAGACCAUUGAAGAAGUCAAGAAGAUACUUCCUCCUGCUCCUCUCUCUCCUAUUAAUGGUAAGGACGGCAGCAGCAGCCCUGCGUUACUGCGUGUUCCACUCCUGCUGCUGCUGCUCUCUGUGCUGGGCUGCAUGACCGUGUGCUGA